GGAAAAUAUAUUGACAGCAUUGUUUCUUGACAAUUGAUGUUUUUUUUUAAUUAUAUUUGAAAAAAAAAAUGAUUAUUAUACUGAUUAAGGAAAUAUUUGUAGGCAAAGACAGAUAUUAAGUUUACAUGCCAAUUUCUUAAUCUAAGGGUAUGAGGGCAAAAACCGUUAAAAACUGCAAAAUACUAAUUGGCUGUUUCAUUAUACAAUUUCUGGUAUCUGGUGCAACUAGACUAUCUUCGAUAUAUUUUGUGGAAUCUAUAACUCGUUAUAAUGUGGACAGAAAACAAGCAUCUUUUCCUUUUGUCAUAACAUUAAUGGUAAAAAAUCUUGCAGGUCCAAUUAUGGGAUUCCUGGAACAAAUAAUUGGUAUGCAAUGGAUUAUUACCAUUGGAUGUGUAAUGGCCACAUUAGGAAUUGGAGGCUGUUUCCUUGCUGAAGAAAUACUGGUUAUUACAAUCUUGUGGGGAAUAAUACUAGGCCUAAGCUAUGGAUUUGCUCAUAAUAUGCAAGCUCCACUUUUAAAUCAACAUUUUAAGAGAAAUAAAAACAAAGCUAAUGGCUUUGUUUUAGCAGGAAGUUCCCUUGGAGGGGUCUUGCUCCCAGUUAUAGCGACAACUUGCAUACAAACCUAUGGGACAUCUGGUUCUUUUCUUAUUUUAUCUGCAAUUAUAGCACAUUCAAUACCAGCCAGUCUCUUAAUAGAAAAUCCUACAACAAAACCGUCCUAUAGCAUCCCAAAAGAAAAUAUUGUAGUAGUAAAUAAAAGUUAUAGUAAAAAUAGUCUGAAUAAAAGUGAUAGUAACAAAAGUCUUGUCAAUAUAAUGAAUACUGCUGAUUAUUUAUGUAUGGAACAAACCAACAAAUGUCAAUCAAGUUCUAAGGUGGAAAACGAUAAUUAUGAAGGUCUCAGUACUUCAAAUUCAUCUCCGGAUAACAAAACUCUUACCGAUAUUCAAAGCACUGAUGAUUAUUUAAAAAAUGAACAAACCCACAAAUGUCUGACAAGCUCCAAUGUUAAAAAAGUAUCUUCUGAAGAUCACAACACUUUAAAUUCACCUCUGAGUAACAGUAGGAAUGAUAAAACUCAUGCUAAUAUUUCAAUAACUGUCGAUUAUUUAAACAUGGAGCAAACUUGCAUAGGUUUGCCAAGCUCUACAGUUAAAGAAAUAUCUUAUGAAAACAUCAGUACUUCAAAUUUAUCUCUGAAUAACAGCAAGAAUGGAAAAAUUCAUGCUAAUAUUUUAAAUACUGCCGAUUAUUUAAAUAUGGAGCAAACUUGCAUAGGUCUGUCAAGCUCUACAGUUAAAGAAAUAUCUUAUGAAAACAUCAGUACUUCAAAUUUAUCUCUGAAUAACAGCAAGAAUGGAAAAAUUCAUGCUAAUAUUUCAAAUACUGCCGAUUAUUUAAAUAUGGAGCAAACCCACAAAUGUUUAUCUAGCUCUACUGUUAAAGAAAUAUCUUAUGGAGAUAUCAGUACUUCAAAUUCACCCCUGAAUAAUGGUGUAAAGAAUAGAAGCCUUUCAAAAAUUUCAAACGAUGAUAAUUAUUUAAGUGAGGAAAACACACAAAAAUAUCGUUCAAGCUCUGCUGUUGACAGUAUAUCAUCUGAAAAUUUCAACAUGUCUAAUUCAUCACUGAAUAGAACUCUUGACAAAAGAAAACAACAUACAAAUGAGUUGUCUAGUUGCGAUUCCCCGUUUUCGAACUUAAAUAAAGUCAUAAAUGAAGAAGAACGAUACAAAAAUGUAGAAAUGUUUAGUAAAAUUAAACUUGCGUCUCGUAAUUUCCGAAUAUUUAUUGAUCCAACUUUUAUAGUCAUUCUCAUUUUUAACGGAUUAGUGGCUGCCGUUAUGGUAGCUGUGUGGACAAUAAUUUUAGACUUUGUUCGCGAUAAAGAAGUCCCCGAAAGUUUAGAAAUAUAUUAUGUCAUACUACUUCCGUUAACUGACAUACUUGGACGCCUAGGUUCAAGAUACAUUGCUGACAAAUACUUUUUGAGCUUCCCGCAGUUGUGUUUUAUCACUUUCUUUAUAGAUGCAGUGGCAUUAUUUUUAAUCGUUUAUGUUAAUAACUUUAUGCUUGUCAUGGCUUGUGAAAUAGUUAUAUCAAUUUGCUUUGGAAUGACAGUUAUUCUACAAAUUACUAUGGUGGAUAACUACAUGGAUGAAGACUUAAAAACAAUGGCCCACAGCUGCAGAGUGAUGCUCUAUGUUCCACUUAGCCUUAUAAUAUCUCCAAUGCUAGGUUAUUUCAGAGGUGGUUUUGGUUCUUAUGAUUAUGUAUUCUAUAUUUUGAGCGGGGCUACAUUAUUUUGCGGCUGCUCAGUAUACCUUCUCCCAUAUCUGGUAAAAAGAAGACACUCUUCAAAGAUAACAUAUACCUAAAAUGUUUCUGAUGCAUUUAAACGAGUAAGAACUCUAAUUCUGAAAG